AUGGGUUUUUCUCAGACCACAGCGCAUGUUCUUUUAGGAUGUUGUUCUAGCGCUUUUCUUAUGGAAAUAUUAAUGGCAAGAAAGCCUAGCAGCGCUAAUUUAGUUACAUUCCUCCAAUUUUUCUUUAUAUCAUUGUAUGGAUUCGUAGUUACUGCCAAACUGGGCAAGGUAAGCCCAAAAAUACCUCUAAAAGAGUACAUAAUACUAGUCACUUUAUUUUUCUUAACCACAGUGGCCAAUAAUUAUGUCUAUGCCUUGCAUGUGCCUUCUACAUUGCAUAUGAUUAUAAGGUCGGCUUCAUCACCAGCUAGCAUGCUUGUAUAUUGUUGUGUAAAGCGACAAAAACCAAAAUUGAACAACGCUAUUGGCUCUGUACUGAUCAGUGUUGGUGUUACGUUGGCUAUGUAUGGUGGAGCGCCUACUAAUGAAGAAAAUAAGGGGACAUUUUUAUAUUGGUGUAUAGGAGUCACUAUAUUAUGGACGACAUUAUUCACUGGCGUUUUUGCGGGACUGCAACAGGAGAGGCUGUAUUCACAAUAUGGAAAACAUCCUGAUGAGAUGCUGUUCUACACGCAUGCUAUCCCAUUGCCUUUAUUCCUAGGAAUCUAUCCUCAAUUGGUAGAUACAUCAUCAGACCUAUCCUGGGACACCUGGCUGUUGAUAUCUCUUAAUAUACUGUCCCAAUUCUAUUGUACACAUUCGGUCCAUGAACUGGCAACCAAAGAAACAUCAGUGACAGUAACAUUUAUACUUACUUUAAGGAAAUUUAUUUCUCUUCUGAUCUCAUCAGUAGUUUUUAAAAAUAGUUUGACUAUAUAUCAUGUGAUCGGGACUAUUAUCGUUGCAAUUGGUACAUAUGUAUACUUUGACUAUUUUUCUGGAAGAAGACAAAAACCUGUUAGUAUGAAAACUAAAGCAAAUUAA